UAAUGACGUACGGGCCAAGGAGGUUGUAUCUGCAAAAAGACCCACACGAAGACUAUCGGAGAAGCGGAGACUGGAGAUCGAGAUCGCCGGAGCGGAGGGAGAUGGAGCCGAGAGGAGCAGCAACCCGCCGCAGAUCCGCCACGCUCCUGCUCCUCGCCGCCAUCCUCACGGCCGCCGCCUCUUCCGCGUCCGCGUCCUCCAUCGGCGACAAGUGCGCCGCCUGCAAGGCCGUCGCUGCGGAGCUAGAGAUUGGGAUCUCAAGUGAGAAACCAAGAAAUCACUUGGACUUGCGUAACCGCUUAAAUUCGAAAGGUCAGCGUGAGGGCAAGGUCAUUGAUUACAGAGUCAGUGAACUUCGGAUUGUAGAGCUUCUGGAUGACCUAUGUGAUAAGAUGCAAGAUUAUACGCUACAGAAGUUGGAAUCAGGUGAAAAAGGAUGGGUGAAAGUAGCAAACUGGAACAGUUUCCAAACCGAAAAGAAGGCCGCAGCACGAGCACACUCCAAAAAUCUAUCCACUUUCUGUGGAAGGUUACUGGAGGAAACUGAGGACGAGCUCGAGGAGUGGAUAAAAACAGGCUCCGCUGAAUCAGGGAAGGUUAGCCAGGCCCUUUGCGUAGAUAUUAGCAAACACUGCCAGUCGUCCUCAAGUGCUACAACCCGGAUUGACGAUGAACUAUAACGGCACGCAUUGACGCGCCAUAUCCAUUCAGACAAAGCAACACGGAUGGAGGUUUGGAAAAGCAAGAAAGAAGAAACUCCAUUCGACUACGAUAGAAUUUCUGUAGGGCAUGAAGAUGUCAAAAUCGUCUUCUGUGUUGCAACACUCGCAUUGCUGUUUUACACAAGGACUCUGUAUGAUGCCUGAUCUGUUGAGAACAUUGGACACUGAGAAAAUUCUUUUUUGCAUAUGGAACUAAAGUUAUUUAUCUGUUGAAUUAAUAUGAAUGCUUAUCCCCUCCUUUUCGGGAAAACAAA